UCAUAGAAGAGUUGCGGUUGAGAGAAGAGCAGAGAGAAGAGAGCAGUUUAGAUAGUUUUGUUGCAAAUUCAGAUAAUUUUGUUGUUUUCAAAUGCAUAUGAUUUAUGAUAGCUGUGCAUUUGUCACAUGCUGUAAUUUAAUUGUUUUGCAUUGUGAUGUUGUGAUGCAGGGGUAGGAAUGGCUAGCUUCAUGGACUUGUUGAACGGAGGAGCUGGGGGCGAGUGGGAAGACUCCCAAUAUGCAAGCCCCCCUGAAGAACAAAUCAUUGCAGGACAUCAAAUUGUCGAAGCUACUCCGGUUGUGACACAAAAGGCGAAGAGAGGUGGAAAUUUUAGUGAGAAGGAGGACCUUUUGUUGGUCUCGGCAUGGCUUGAAAUAAGCCAAGAUGCAGUCCAGGGUAUUGAUCAAAACCGUAGUACGUAUUGGAAGCGUAUUCAUGAUCACUACCAUGCCCAUAGGAAUUUUGAUUCGGAUCGUAAUGUUAGCUCGCUCUCUCACCGUUGGGCUCUCAUUCAAGAAGGUGUAAACAAGUUCUGUGGCUGGUAUGCUCAGAUUCAAAAUAGGAGGCAAAGUGGUGUGACAGAGCAAGAUAAGGUACAACAAGCAUGUGCGAUCUACAAGGAAAAAGAUCCGAAGAAGAGGUCAUUUCCUUUCUUGCAUUAUUGGAAUGUGGUGCAGCACGCACCAAAGUGGAAUGACGCAAUCUCUCAUAAAAAACAGAAGACAAGCUCCAAUGCAAGUCCAAGCUCAUGCACUCCUGGAACCAAUGAAAGCCAUCAUGGUGAUGAGGAAGAUGGUGUCACUCAUAGUUCUCCAAUGAAAGGAAGGCCGGAUGGUAGGAAGAAGGAGAAGGCCCGGCGAUAUAAAAAUACUAUCUCACAAGGAGAUACCCUUUGCAUGGAGGCAAUGGAAAAUCAUUGGUCGAGGAGGGAAAAGAUUGAUGAGUUGAAAGAGAUGAAGAAAAAAGAACGUAAUGAUGAGAGGCUUGCACUUGAGACUAGGAGACUUGAGUUGAAACAAGAAGUUAAGAAUAAAAAGAUUGAGGCCUACAAACAAGUAGAGAAUAGGAAGCUUGACAUCCAGGAAAAAGAACUUCAGUUGAAACAAUCCAUGGAAGAUGAGCGAGUGAUGAAUAUGGAUCUGAGUGGUUUGAGUGAGAGGCAAAAAAGAUUCUACAUGAGCCUACAAGAUGAGAUCAUUGCUCGACAGGAGCGAGGUGGCGCGAGUUGAGAUCUCAUGCAUGAACUUUGAUGUAUAAACUACAUGUUUGGACUAUGUUCUAUGU